ACAUGCCUGGACUGCCUGGGCGCCAAGGACCCGUACUGUGGCUGGUGUUCGCUGGAAAACAAAUGCAACCUACGUAGGGACUGUCAAGACGCCGCUAAGGAUCCACUCUAUUGGAUCUCUUACAAAAGCGGUAAAUGCACGGCCAUCACGCUCGUCACACCGGAUCAAUUGCAACGCACGACCGCCAGAACCCUGGAGUUGGUCAUCGAGAACCUACCUACCCUCCCUGGCCACUUUCUCUGCGCGUUCUCCACCUUGGACAAGACCCUGAUCACGAACGCGUCGAGAAAAUCUUUCGGAGUGAACUGCACCACGCCUAGAACCGAUCUGCUACCGUCCAUACCAGCAGGACAGCAUCAUUUCACCGCGAAACUUUCAGUCAGGAUGACGAACGGGCCUGAUCUCGUCAACACCAAUUUCACCUUCUUCGAUUGCAACACCUACAGCUCGUGCACCAAGUGCGUAUCGUCCAGCUUCCCCUGCGACUGGUGCGUCGACGGACACAGGUGCACGCAUGACACGGCUGAGAACUGUCGGAACGAUAUACUGGUCACGGGAAUUAGCGUAAGUGGAAAAUCCUCGCGACUCUCUUUACUCGAUUAG